AUGAAGGCUGGAGCGAUGCUCUGGCGCGGCCGCCGCCACGCCGCGGCGCACGCACUCCUCGCCGCGCUCCUCGCCGCGGCCUGCGGCGCGCUCGUCGCCGACGCGGCGAUGAGCCAGGCCGACGUCGGCGCCUGGCGGGAGCACCUGCAGCAGACCGCCGCAAUUUCAAUUGGGCCCGACCAGAUGUCGCCCGCGAUGCUUGCAGUCCUGUCCCACACCUACUCCACGCCCCUGGCCGCCGUCCAGUCCUCAAACGUGUACACCGGCGGCAAUGCGCGCCUCCGCCGCGUUGUGGCCGACCUCGCCGCCGGCCGCCCCGCCAAAAUCGUCGCCGUCGGCGGCGCCGCGACCAACGGCUCCGACGCGGCCGGGCGCGGCCGCAGCGACUACCUCUCUCUCUACGUCGCAUUCCUCUCCCGCGCCUUCCCGGCGGCCCCCAUCAAGUUUGUGCGCGCGUCUGCGGGCCUCGCACCGUCCGCCGUCGUCGCGGGCUGCUUUGACAAGUAUGUUCCGGCCGAUGCAGAUCUUGUGCUUCUGGAGAUGACCGCCAACGAUGGCGCCGUCAUGGACACCAGCGUCGUGUCCGCGCGGCAGCCCAAGGCGUACGAGAUCCUGGUGCGGAAGAUCCUCGGGGGCGCGAGGAAGCCAGCGCUGGUGCUUACGCAGGUGGGCGCGGGGCAGGGGGCGCGGCGGCCGCCGGGACUCUCCAUUGCCGUGACCGGGACUCGAGGCGAGGCGUCGCCGAGGACCAUGCCGCCAGGCAUGGGCAACGCCACGCGCCCCUUCUACCUCACCCCUGAGAGCCCCCAGUACGCCGCGGUCAGCGGCUACUACAACCUGCCCUACGUUUCCAUGCGCAACGCGCUGUGGCCAACAGGCCAGCUGACGCCUGAGGGGCUGAUGAAGACGGACGCCGUCAACCAGACCGAUGGCUCCACGCCCUUUGACGCCGGCCACGCCGCGAUCGCCGACAGCCUCGUCUACCUGACCCAGCGCACCGCUUUUGAUCUCCAGCUCAUCCCCUUUGGAGAGUGGGACAACAAGAGCAUCCAGGACGUCCCCAAAAAGACGAUGCACUUUGGGAUGGAUGAUCUGAACAGCCUCCUCGUGAACGCCACCUGCGCAUGGGUCCGCAAUGCGUCGGUAGCGGAGUACUGCCCGGCCGAUUUGAAGGAGAUGUGCGAGCUGGACUACAGCUCCUGGGCCGCCGCCAAGGCCAGCUACGCGCGCAGCGUCAAGUCGACCUUCAAGGUGGAGGACGGCGCCGCACCCAGCACGGGCAGCGGCAAGGGCGCGGUUAUCGGCGGCGCGGUCGGCGGCGUGCUGGGCGCUAUCGCCGUCAUAUCUGGCGUGGCGGCAUUCAUUGUCGCAAAAAAGAAGAAGAGGAAUCAGGCGUUGAAGGAGGCCGUCCAGGCCAGGUCCGAGAGGAAGGCCUCUGCAAGUGUGGCGGCAAACGGGCCUGUGUCCGUUACGGCCGCGGCGGCCAGCGGGGCGCAGUGUUGA